UGCCUCGCAUUGUGCAAUGCGGCAUUUCCACCUCCAGGAUACCACGAGUUCAAACAUUAUCAGCAGAGUUGAACACUUCUAGAAGACCUUCUUAGGCUGUGCUCCAACCUCGAGGCUUCUGAUUCGCGACCAUCCGAACACCUCAUGAAGGACUUUGUUGUGCCUGCGAACUAUGACAUACUUAACUGUCAGGCUGGCUAUGAGGAACGUCUGUGUAAACAGUUGCAUCUACUGAACGCUCAUGCAUCAGCCAGACGAGAAAACUUCCCUACAGUCCUCGGAGAAAACUCCCUUUGAACAGGCCUGGGAAGAGUAUCGCACAACCAUCAACUCGUCUCAGACCGAAAAGGUCAAAUUCAUCGAAAAAUGUUCAAAGUUUGCCUCAGAAUGGCAUGAUCCUGUUACAGCCAUAAAUGAAGCUAUCACAGAGGUGGAGACUCGGAGUCAGGAUUACCAGAAACAAUCCCGGAAGGUGGUUCGCGCGUAUCUGCUCCCAUUCAUGAAUGCUCUGACGAGCUUCACUGGUAUCGUGGAUUCAUUGACCACCUUGAAUCCAAUCCGAUCGAUCGUCUGGGGCUGUCUCAAGGUUGCUCUCAAUGCAAGUGCCAAGUUCCUAGUCGAACAUAAAAUUUAGUGACGUUUGCUCGACUUUACCUUUUUUUCAGAGUCUCGAUCAAUACGGGAGACUCUUUGAAACCAUCCAGCACGAGUUGGCCUCUCUCAGUGAUCAUCUAGAGAAUAUCGCUGGCUAUGGCGACCUGUACCAAACAAACCAAAAAAUGGAGAGGACCCUCUGUAAUGCUUACAUCAAUAUUAUCCGCUUCUGGCAUAGAGUUGAUAAAGAAUGCAUCAAGUCAG